AUGACGUCGUUUAAAGACUUGGGUUUGAAUGAUCAAAUUCUUCAAGCUAUCGAACGUCUCGGGUGGAAGGUUCCCACGGAAAUACAAGCUCGGUCAAUUCCAUAUGCUCUCAAAGGUCGCAAUUUAAUUGGCCUUGCGGAGACCGGCUCGGGAAAAACUGGUGCUUAUGUAAUCCCUAUAUUACAGGAACUCAUGGUUUCUCCCAAACAUUAUUUCGCUUUAAUUCUUACUCCAACUCGGGAAUUAGCUGCUCAAGUUCAAGCUCAAUGCAAUGCUUUUGGGACAGCUAUUGGAUUAAAUACCGUUUUAUUGGUGGGUGGUACUCCUAUUGUUGACCAAGCUAACCAAAUGGCAAUGAAACCGCCCCAUAUUCUUAUUGCUACUCCAGGACGAUUUAUUGAUCAUCUGAAACGAACUAAAGGAUUUGAUGAAAUUAAAUUGAAGAACAUGAAAUUCUUGGUAAUUGAUGAGGCAGACCGUAUGCUUGGUUCAGAUUUCGAAUCCGUCAUUGAGAAAGUGCUCGUUGUGUUACCACCUAAACGACAGACAUUCCUGUUUUCUGCCACAAUGACGGAAAAGGUAGGCAAACUUCAAAGAGCCUCACUUCGCGACCCUGUUCGUAUCUCCACACGUACUAACAAAUUCCAGACUGUUGAAAGCCUUCGCCAAUAUGUCCUUUUAGUUCCCCAAGCUGAACUAGAAACCUACCUGGUCUAUCUCGUUCGCACGGCUUUCUCGCCAACGUCUUCAACAAUUGAGGGUCUUGAGGUUAUUAAACUCAAUCCAGAUGAAACACAUUCUGAGGAUAUGGGAUCUAGAACGGAAUCAAUGGGUUCAGCGAUCAUCUUCACGCGAACUCGUGAGACAAGCAACAAAUUGAGCCUUCUCCUGCGUCAGUUCCUCAACACUCCAGUCAUCACCCUCAACGGUGAUAUGCCCCAGGCUCAACGUCUCGGUGCCCUGUCGAAAUUCAAACGUCUGCCCGCUUCUGUACUUGUCGCGACUGAUGUCGCCUCGAGAGGUCUAGAUAUCCCCCAGGUCGGUUUGGUUAUCAAUUUCGACGUUCCACUUGAUGCCAAGAUUUACAUGCAUCGUGUGGGUCGAACAGCUCGUGCUGGGCGUCAAGGCGCCGCUCUCACUCUUCUCACGCAAUUCUCCGUCGUCUUCUACAUGAAGGAGAUUGAGAAUCAUUUAGUCAACACGACUAGGAAUGCAGAUGGAGAGAAGGUGAUGGAAGAGGCCAAGGUCCCCUCGUUGCUGGAGCCUGGAACCCCCGCAGAUGCUGCUCUAGACGCUGCUGUCGCUGAACUCCACGUGGAAGUACAGGCGGCUUUGGCUUUGGCUUCUAAGAUGUCUGGUAGGAGCACAUUCAUUGGUGGGGAACGUUACUCACUUCGAUUAGUUAUGCCUUUCCCCUAUAUGCACACCAAUGGAGUUCUGUUUCGCAGUCUUGCGGGCAAAUUAUUGAAGAAAUUGAGUGAAUUGAGUAGUGAUAGCUAUGUCGGAGGUUCCAAUUUGGACAGCUGUCAAUGCUUACUUUUCGACGUCACUGUGUCCAUCGGUGAACUGAUUCACACUUUACAAUUUCUCCAGCAACAGCAUCUGACGCUGGAUUCUAUUGAAGUUGGAUUUUCCUCUAACUGUUUUUUGUUGACUGUGGAGUCCCUACGCAAGAAACCGGGGAAACGUGAAGCCUUCAUAGCCGUCGAUGACAUGAAGACGCUUUCCACGUCCGAGAUCGGAGCACCAGAAGGUAGCCGGAAGCGCACAGCGUGGGCCAGUGAGGCGAGUGAAGAGAAGAAAGCGCAAAUCUCCGAGGUUUUGUCUGCCGUCUCCUUUUCUGAAGUCCCUGAACCCUCAGUCACCUCCUAUGGGCCUACCAAGUCCUUGAAGUAUAAGAAGAGGGAGAGAAAGGGCAAGAAAGUUGGCCCACCUAGAGACGCAACAGCGAUGAAGCGGAAUGUUCCCAUGAAAUCGAAGAAUAAAGCAGUGAAGCGCCUGUUUAAGCGUUAA